AUGGCGGCGCCGGCGGGGCAGGGGCUGGAGCGCGCCCUGCGCGAGGCGGCGGCGGCGCUGGGCCGGGCGGGGGCCGCAGAGGGCACCGGGCAGGGCCCUGCGGCGGCGCUGGGCGCGGUGCUCUCCGCCCUGUCGGCUGCGGGCGGCCCAGCCGCGCUCGGGGAGCGGGAACGGGCGCAGUUCGGCGCCUUCCUGCGCAGCCUGGCCCGGGCGCCCGGCGCGGCGCGGCCCGACGGCGAGUGGCAACGCUGCUUCCUCGAGGGCCCGCCCGGCCUCGCCCUCUGCGUCCUGCUCGAGGCCCUCGGCUCCGCGGGGUCAAGCAGCGGUGUUUCAGUGGUGAGACCACAAGUGAAAAGCAAUUGCACGCGCAUUUUAUUUUUGCCAUUUGAGAGGGGCAGGGACUUAGAGCAGUCUCUCUCUUCCAGCCCCGGGCUCGCGCCGAGGGAGGCGGCGGCGAUGCUGGAGCGGUUCCUGCGGGAGGGGCGGCUGUCGGCGCUGCUGUGGGACGGGUGUCAGCAGCAGGCGCACGGUGGGUGCCCGGAGCUGCAGGACGCCCUGCUCAACAGAAUCGUGUGUUUGCCUGAGCACGUGAGCAAUAAACUCCAGGGGGAAAACCCGCCGGUGUUCUUCCCGCAGAACUAUUUCCCUCUCCUGGGAGCUGCAGUUCUCCAGGUGCUGCAGAUGAUCUCCGACUCUCUGCGAGGUGGCUUGGACUGCUCCAUCUCUUUUAUUUCUCACGUCCUGGGGAAGGUGUGCAUUCAUGGAAGGCAAAAGGAGAUUCUGGGUGUUCUGGUGCCCCGCUUGACAGAGCUCACUAAGUCAGACUGCAUCUGGCAGAGGAUCUGCUGGCGGCUGGUGGAGUGUGUGCCAGAGCGCUGGAUGGAGGCAGUGGUCCUUGGCUUUGUGCAGAGAGCACCUGGGUCAGAUGUCCUGUCCAGAUUACUGGGGAACCUGGUUGUGAAGAACAAGAAGGCUCAGUUUGUGGUGACGCAGAAGGUGCUGCUCUUGCAGUAUGGCCACACGACGGCGGUGCUGCAGAACCUCCUUGGGUACCUGUCCCUGGACAGACUCCGGCGGGCCCUGCUGCUCAGAGUGCUGCAGGAGCUGUUGGAGACCUGGGGCAGCAGCAGUGCUGUGAAACACUCACCACCCGAGCAGCAGCUGUAUAUUAGCAAGGCCAUCCUCAUCUGCCUCUCCCACCUGAAGGAGCCUGAAAUCGAGAGCUGCAGACAAGAGCUUCUCACAAGCAUGAUGGAGGGUGUGAAGUGCCACUUGGACAGCAGUCUGCCGCAGCUCCGGCGUCUGGGAAUGGUGGUGGCAGAGAGCAUCAGCUCUAAAAUAAACACGGAGGGGCCUGUCCUGAAGUUUGAGUAUGAAGAAGAUGAUGAAACAAGAGAAUUGAGGUCCCUUCUGGUGCAGACUCCACCACUGUGUGUUGUCCCCAGCCUUCCAGGUGAUGACAGGAGUGAGAAAGCAGGUGCUGCACUGCCAUUGGUACCAGAAAGUAACAAGAAAUCCCAGACAGCAGCCCCUGUGAUGCCAGAUGAGGAGUCAGAUGCUGAGCUUGACAGUGAUGAUGACCUCAUCCCUUAUGACAUGUCAGAGGAUAAAGAGCUGAAGAUUAAGGCUCCUGUGUAUAUCCGAGACUGCAUUGAAGUUCUGACAGGAUCUGAAGAUGUGGACAAAUGGGAGGCUACAGUCAAGGCUCUUGAGAGCUUGAUUCGGAGGAAUCCAGCAGCAACAAGAGAGGUUAGUGUGGAGCUGGCAAAAAUAUUAUUGCAUUUGGAGGAGAAGACCUGCAUUGAAGGCUUUGUGGAGCUCCGUCAGAGAGCUCAAGUAGCUGUUUUAACCACAGAUCCAAUACCUGUUUCAAAGUAUUUGACCUCCCAGUUCUACUCUCUUAACUACAGUCUCCGUCAGCGCAUGGACAUCCUUGAUGUAUUGGUUUUGGCAGCUCAGGAACUGUCCUGUCCCAAAUUCCAUGGGAAGCCCAAGCAUUCUGAUGCCCAAAAGCCUCGUAUCCAGCUCCUUCCUGGAAAUGACAGCUCUAAGGACUGGAGAAGAAUUGUUGAUGAGAGGAUCAAAAGCAAGACUCGGAGAUUUGCUACGUGUCAGUGUCACAUGGAACCGACUUCCAGCCCAAACCAGUUCAGUUCUGUUGCUGGGCACUUCUUCUUUCCAUUGCUUCAGCACUUUGACAGGCCUUUGACAACAUUUGAUCUCCUGGGGGAAGAUCACUUAGUCCUUGGAAGGCUGGUCCACACUUUAGCAGUGCUGAUGUACUUGGCCGUCAACGCUGUGGCAGUGACAGCAAUGGGAAAGGCACUGCUGGAGUUUGUUUGGACUCUGCGUUUCCACACGGACUCGUAUGUGCGCCAGGGCCUCUUGUCCUGUAUCUCCUCCCUGCUCCUCAGUGUCCCUGCAGAGCUGCUUCUGGCAGACAUGACAGAGGAGCUGUUGGAGACUCAGUCCUGGCUGGGAGAUAUGGUGGAGAAAGAUCCUGAUGGGGACUGCAGGAGGCUGGCCCUGCAGAACUUGCUGCUCAUGGAGAACCUGAAAAAGAAACUUGAAGCUGUCCCUUCCUAGCUGAAAUGGUAACAGAAGUGGCCUUUAGCUCGUGCUCUUGCCAGCUGGAUGUGUUUGGGCACUGCUGGGGCCUCUUCAGCAGUCACCUG